CAGUGACUGCGGGGCUAUAAUAGGAGGCGGGAUUGUUUUAGGAGAAAGACUUAUGCAGUAGAUUGUGAUCAGAAUACAUGCUAGGACAUUUCCUUAUUUUGGUUUGGGUACGAUAGUUUAUAAAUAACCUACCAAAAAAUUUCACUGUGGCUACCUUCACCCUGGUUUCACAGAGACAAUGAGAGAAUCCAGCACUAAUUGUAAAGACAAAGAAAUCAACAUUACUCUGUUAUGAUUACAACGAGAAAACGAUGAGAAGAAAUGAGUGUCUGCUGUAAAUGAUGUAUGAAUUAGUAUUACAGAAAUCCGUCACAGUACCAGGUGUUAAUAGUGUUGGUCACAUUUCACAUGUGACAUCGGAUCAGGUCUGGAUCAGUGAUGGAACUAAAAGUCUUAUCUUAACAAACACGCUAGGGGAUGAGCUACAGCAUCUGAAAGAUGUACUUACAACUUUUACUGGAGUACACACAGUGAACAUUGACGGUGAUUUAAUUUAUAUAGACAGGAAAUAUAAUAUCAGCAAACUGUGUACAGAAAACAAAUUAAGAACAUUAUUAAUAAACUUAACAGAACCGUGGGAACCACAGUGUGUCUACAGCUCCCCCUCCACUGGAGACUUGUUAGUCGGGAUGAGGUACUACACUAAUCUUACAAAUAUAGGCAAGGUAGUGAGGUAUAACUCCACAGGAAAAAUUAUCCAGACCAUACAGCACAACAACAUCACAGGUCAGGGACUGUAUAGUAGACCUAAAUACAUCACAGAGAACCGCAAUGGAGAUGUUAUUGUGUCUGACUUGUACCGUUUUGCUGUAGUGGUGACAGAUCGUGACGGUAAUUACCGGUUCUCCUACACAGGUCCUCCACCAGCACACCAACUAAAACCACUAGGAAUCUGUACUGACGCGCUGUCACACAUUCUGGUGUGUGAUUUUAUCACUUGGUCAGUACAGAUGUUAGAUCAGCAUGGUAAAUUUCUAUCACAGAUAUUACUACACGGUAUAGACAAACCACAAUGCCUGAGUUAUGAUGAAGAAACGCACCUACUGUGGGUAGGGGCAUAUAACAACUACACCGUAAAAAUAUAUAAAGUGGUAGAUGGGGACUCUCUGACAGAUACAUUGGUUCCCACAUUGCCUCCAGUCCCUCAGAACCUUAUUCUCUCUCCAAGUACCCUGAGAACGCCUCAACCUGCAAGUUCACAAGACAGACCUCAACUGGAGUCAACCUACCCAAGGACUGUAUUAACAGCCCAAAUCACGUCUACAAGUACCCUGGUACGGCCUCGUUCUCCACUGUCACAAGAAAGAGUAGAGUCCAUCCACCCAUGGACUGCAUCACCAGACGUUUGUCCAUCGACUAGAAGUACAAUGGAAGACUUUGGACCUCCAAAUACACAAGAAAUACGGGAAUUCAGUUACCCAUGGACUGCACCUUCAUCCACUGUCACAUCUGCUACUACACUAGAAGGGCUUAGAUCUCCACUUACACAAGGAAGACAUCAACUGGAGUCCACUUAUCCAUGGAUACCACCAGCCCAUAUGUCAUCAAUAAGAAGUACCCUGGAACAACUUGGACCUCCAGGUACACGAGAAAGACCUCAACUGGUGUCCAGUCACCUCUCGACCACACACCCAGUCGAUGUCACACCUACACAACACCCUAUAGAAUUUGAAAGAGAAUUUGAUGAUUUCCCAAGUAGUUCCACAAAGACUGUCCCAGUCUCUGAAAGUCCACCACCAAGAAAGACGCGUAAGCUGGUGCAACGGGGAAAUAUCAAAGAUGGGCUGUUUACGACAGUGGAGUUCUCAGCCUCACCAGACAUCGGUGAUAGUAGACAGUGUUGUCAUGUCAGUUGUAUUGAUAUACAUUUGAGGAGUGUCUACGCAGCAUUGUUAAGGCUUGAAAAGGUGGACAGAGCCUAA